GGCAGUCGCGACCUACACCAGUUCUGCGGCAGCGCAACCCAUCGUGACGUAUCCCGACUCGGCCGCUGCAGCAGCCCCUGCGGUUACCUAUGUGUCCCAGGCUGCCGGACUGCCUCAGGCACAAUCAAUGGUCAUGAGCUAUGGUCCCAUCACUUACGCGCCACAAACAUUGGAUCACAGUCAGGGAAGAUGGUUUGCACCCGGUGAACCCCUGCCUCCGGGCUUCAUGCCAGUGGCUCAUCCAGAGGGCCACACCGAGCCCAAGGCGGAACAUGCCAUGACGGAGGCAGUGAAAGCCAUGAAGUUCGCAGGCGUAGCAGCCCCCCCAGGCGCUGCGAAGGACAAGAAGAAGAGCAAGAAGAAGAAGUCGUCCGGUUGCUGCUGA